AUGCAUUUCCUGGGCACAAUCACAACCAUGACCAUGGUACGGCAGAUUGCCCUGGUUGGGUUAUGCGUGCUAGCACUUCUCUCGACAGUAGCUCUCCAGACCCUCAGCCUUGGCAGCAAUGCCAUCAAGCAGGAUCCCAACUCCAACGGCAUCUCUCAGAUGCCCUUCCUUGAGCUACGAUCGGAGCCGGAACUCAAGCUUGACGCUAAGAGAGAUGACAAUCAACUUCCUGGACUCCUCGGCGGUGUUUUGAACCCUCUGCUCGGCGGUACAGCCCCGUCGACCCCGGCAGUUCCUGCAGUUCCAGCAGUGCCUGUUUUACCGUCUGCUCUGCCUCCGGUGUUGCCGGCGCCUGUGAACGCACCACCUGCUGUCCCACAAGUUCCGGCAACACCACUCCCCAUCCAGCAAGCCCCACUACCACCGGCACCUGCACCUGCACCUGCACCGCCAGCUCAGGCUCCAGCAGAACAAGGCGGUGGUGGCAUCCUAGGUGGUAUCAUCGGAGGACUGCUGGGUGGCGGGAACGCUCCGGUUCCUCUACCAGAAGCCCCGCUGCCUGUUCCAGCAUUGGCCCCUGCACCUGCAGUCCCGGAGCCCGCUGCCCCAGCCGUACCAGGAGCAGAUGCCCUCAACAUCUUGGGCGGCCUCGGUGGGCUGGUGACUGAUGUGAUCGGUAAAACAGGUGUUCUGCAGGGUGUCGUCAAUGGUGCCGGACCAGCAGCUCCUGGCCUUGGACCUAUCGCCCUCCCGGAUGUAAGCGACAUCAUGAAAGCAGCCGAAAGCGCUGUCUCUGACAACGUACCUAUCGGCGAUGUCGUCGCUGCAGUUGCCGGGAAAGUCAUGGAUACCGUCAAUGAAGUCGCCAACACACUAGUCCCGGUACUCAAUGAGACUACAAGCGCUAUUGUUCCCUUGGCAGAUGGCGUCAGCGCAGUCUUGCAGCAUCCACCGAUUGGCGAUGUGCUGGGCAAAGUCGUGGAUACUCUUGCAGACUUCACGGCCCAGGUUGUCAACGUCACAACUCCAGUGUUGGACACUGUCGACAACUUGGUCCCCCUACCAGUCGAUCUGUCAAAUAUCGUGCAAGGGGCCGCCGGUGCUGUGAACGAAGUUGCCAAGGGUGUCAAUGAGCUUUUAUGUGAUGUUCAGGGUGUGGACGCUGUCUCUGUGAUUCUGAGAAAACCUUGCACCGAGUUGGCUGCCAGUUUCGCGACUAUCCUGCCGGAUCAGAGCUCACUGUCUAUCGUGGUUACAACUCAGACGGGAACCGGAAACAUGUUGGCAACUGUCACAAACUCUGCCGGUUCUACGAUUCUUCCGAUUCUACCAAGUAUCAACUCUUUACAGGCAGCGGCUUCAAUUUCCACCGCUCGACCCCUGGGGACUGUUUUUGCAUCACCAGCACUACCUGCACCGCCUGUCUCGCAGCCUCCGUCAAUCUUAUUAUCAGCCUCCAGUCUGCGGCUGAGUGUCACCACCAUCGGGCCUCAGCCAUCCUCUCAGUCGCCUACGGCACCACUUUUUAGUGCCCUGCAGAGCGCUCUUGAUAGCGCAAAACAGUCCUUGUCAGCCUCUCUUGCCAGCUCGGUUCUGUCGACCGUCCCGGCAGCUCAGCCAAGCCCCAGCUCAGCUUCUUUGGUGUCUUCAGUUCAACCACUGCCUUCAGCUCAACCAGCGGUAUCGACAUGGCUGCUGCUCUCGUCAAGUUCACUGCCCUCCAUCUUGACCUGCUACCUGGACCUUGCCCUGGCCGAGGCUAUACUUGUGACAGGUGCUCCAGCGGCUGGUUCUGUCCGAAUGGCGUAUUACCGCGAAGAGAUACGCCAUGUGGCUAUGGCUGGGCAUGCGACGACUGUAUCACGGGAUUCUUCUGUGUUCCAGAUCCUGCCACCCUACCCAGUGGGCUUCAAGCUGCUCUCCUCUUCUGCCAUUAACACCGAGGCUUCCACGGCCUGUCUUGGCUCUACCCCAGGGAAGUUAGACGGAACCCCGAUCGACAAUGGGCAAUGCUUCGACAUGUGCCAAAAAGCCGGAUACAAGCUCGCAGGCACUGAGGAUGGAACUGAGUGCUACUGUGGUAACUACAUCUACAAUUCUUACCUCAUUGACGAUUCAAGAUGCAGCUCUCCGUGCUCGGGUGACAGUACCGCCAGCUGCGGAGGUCCGUGGGCCCUCGCCAUCUACAGCCCUGAUGGCAGAGUCGAAGUCAAACAGCCUGCAUUCACAUUGACCGAGCCGCCCCCUGGUACGCCUGAGACGACGCUCCAUAUUGGUGGCAUUCGCCAGACUGUGGUUCCCGUGACCAUGCCCGUCUACAUGUGGCCACCUCCGGCUGGCAACGUGCUGCCUCCGAUACUGAGCAGCAGCUGUACUACCGCUACCCCAACAACAUCAUGCACAGGAUCCGCAGUGCCCUCCGUUGAUCAUGCAGGCUUGCUGUCUUCUGUGGGUGCGAUUGUAUCGGACGCCAUGCUCAGGGCCAGCUCGGUCGAGUCUGCCGUGCUGUCUCGCGCAUCGACAGCCAUGGAAGGUGCCAAACACAUGGUCAACAGCGGCAUCUCAAGCGUGGUUGGCGAGAUGAGUUCUUUUAUCUCUGUCGUCGCCCACCAGACGCCAAAUCCUCUGAUUGGCGGGAUGCCUGGCCCUGUCAUGCCUUCUUGCGUCGGUUCUGGGCCUGGAUGUAUGCCUGCGGCGUCAGGGCCUGUGGCAACUGGAGAGCCGGCCCCUUGGACCGGGAAUCCCUCUAUGGGAGGCACACCGGGCUCAGGCACACCAGGCUCAGGUACGCCGGGCUCGGGAGGCCCGCCAUUAGCCGGAACCAAUCCGGGAGUUCCCGUAAUAGUCACAUAUGGGCACAGCAAAUUUUCCAACCCGGAAAAUGCUGAUGAGGAAGAUGCGUUGAAUAAUCGACAGAGGAGACAUGCUCGUGGACGUAUCGGGUCCAUACUGUGGUGA